AUGCCGUUGAAGCCCUCCAGCGUGUCCUCCUCGUCGGACUGGAAGCCCACGGCGGCCGCCACGGCGCCCAGCGGGCCUCUGGAGCUGGAGCCCUCGGCAAACAUGGUGGUCGAGCGCGUACAGCAGACAGCGGUCGGGCUCCAACAAUACGGUCCUGCCCGCUCGUGGGGACGGAACCUGGACGAGCCCGGGACCAAAGUCGCUGUUGUCAAGCCGAGCACCGAUAUCUUCACGCGGUUCCGACUGCUGUGUCGGCACGGAGCCGCCCCGGGUGUCGUGCCUGCUCCAAGACGCCCGACUUGCGCCAAUCGGCGCGCCGAAUCGCGGCGAAUGGACCUGGGCGACGAGGAGCGAUACGCCGCGGCUGCCCUGUACACGCUGGCACUGCACGCAACACAGGUGGAGAGCGGGCUCGACUGCCUAGAAUCUGAGGAAGAGAGGCGGGGGCUGUGGGGAUGCCCCUGCCAUCUGGAUAUCGACGCCAUCCUCAGUGGUGAAACCAGCAGACUAAGCCAACAGGACGUUGGCAGUUUUUGGGGCUGGGACAGCUGUGGGCCGAGCGGGCUGUGUGAACAAGUCUACCAGCAAUUGAAUAUUCCCAAGUUGGCUUGGAUGGGUUUGCUCAAAACUCCACAACUCACCAUACCAACAACAAACCCACGCCUCUCCACAGGAAACGAUCUGCAAGGUCUUGUGAUGUUGGUUGGCACAUACAGCAGGCUGCUGGAUCCAGCCCUGAACUUCUGUGCAGGCUGGGCAACCCUACCAAAGCAUUCCCAGGUCUGUUCACAGAACGAGUAUCCUGCUGCUAGAGCAGCUGAUUCCCAAGAUCCAAGCAUUGUUGGUGCUGAUCAUGGUGGAGAUCUCUGCGAGUCCUCUGGAUCAAAGUCGAUUGGAUUGAGUCACGAUCUGCACAUAUGUACUUCACAAGGAGACGAAAAUGGGAUUGCAAACAAACCAUGCCCACCUUCAACUCCACGGGUGGAAGGCAGCGAAUCUGUGGCCACUGACACUAAUCAGCCACAAACCACCCAGGAAGAAGCUGAUCAUGUCAGAGCUGAAGACUGUGUAUCACCUAGAGAGUAUUUUGGUCCUCGUGAGCAAUACAGUCAUGAGGCCACUGCCAAAGCAGUGAUGGCACUUUGGGACCUGACUUUGGCCAGCAUAUCAAUGCAUGAACCCAACAAAGGCAUCAUCAGCCUGCUCGACACCAGCAAUGACAAGAGUGGAGGACUGACGGAGCCAAGAGGCGUUACUGUACAGCGGUAG